AAUCCAAACCAAGUUGUUGGCGAUUGAGGAACGUCAAGACAUAAAUGGUAAUCCUUACUUAUUGUUGCGAACCGAAAGGGGUGACAGUCUGUAUUGCUUUCCUAAUCAAGUUCCCACCGAGAAAUGA